AUGGCAACAGAUGCGCAACCCCGCGUCCCCGCAGACCCCUCCUCCAACGCCGCUGAGAUUUCCGACCAAACCGAUACAAGCUCCGGCACUGCAAAACCAGACUCCCACUCAACCGAGUCCUCCAGAGUCAGCACCACACUAUCCGCCCAGCUAAAUAAAGAAUGUAACGACCUGAUCUCCGAAAUCGAUGCCUACCAAUCCCUCCUCGUGGCCACCCUGCGCAACCCGCAGCUCGUGGAAGUACGCCAGUUCCGCUCGAAUGUCGCCUCCGAGCUGAGGAUGCUGCAGAAGCUGGGCAGACAGAUUGAGGAAGCUAUUGGGCCGGGGUUGAGGGACGGUGACGGGGCGUGUGCGAGAGAACCGCAGGAUCCGGAUCAGGAAAAUCGGCUGGUGCAUGCGCUGCGCUCGUCGAAUUUACCGUUUUACCAGGCUGUCUGGAGUAUCACGAAGUCUUGUUCUGGACUGGUUGCGCUGGGUAGGAGGUUCUACUGGGAUGGGGAGACGAAGUGGACGGAGAGGGCAGCUCUACAGGACGAUGGUUCCCAGCCGAAGAAGCAGCCCAAUAAAGAUAAGCGCAAGAGUGUGUUUGUGGAUAUUGUGGCGGAUGAUGGGGAGGAGUGGGUCAAGGUAUCUACUAUCUCAGAAAGCCGGCUGUUGUUCGAGAUGGCGAAGAAAGGCUGGGAAUGUGACAGUGAUGACGAUGAGUGGUCUGACGGGGAGAAAGGACGGGUUGUGUUACAGAAUUUCGAUGAGGAUGGGAAUGACGAUGAUGAUGAUGAAUUGGAGCUCAUUAAAUUAGCUCGGGAUUUAAGGAAGGCGUCUGAUGCUACUCGCGUUAGAUAUAGACGUCCUCGGCUACGAGUUGUUAUACCUAAGAUCGAGGAAGGGAGCGUUCCUGAAAUUGAUGCUAUUUUGAAUCAGAUGCGGAGCUAUGGCGUUCGGGUCGAUUGUCAGGGGAGUCUGCCAAUGGAGACUCGUACCGGGCUGGCCCAUCUUUUGCCUCAGCCGUUCAAGAAUUUCACAUCGACUUUGAAUGUCGAUUGCACUUUGCUCCUUGCUUUGGUGUCGGACUUAUCCCAUAUCAAGGACAUCCCGAUAUCACCCCAUUUCCAUAGAGCCAUCGUUCGACAAAUCGAGGUUGAACGGGAAAAGCCACUGUUGAGUUCUGAGCUCUGGCCCGCUAUGGAAGGCCGUGAACUGCUGGCCACCACAGAGGCUGCAGUGCGCUUCCAGGAAAUCGUCGAGAUCAUUGGAACAGAAACCGAGAAGAGCCGAACUCGAUUGUUGCUGGGUCAUUCACCCUAUGAGCAACUAGAUCGCGAGGCGAUCCUCCAGAAAUUCCAAGAAUUGUCCGACUAUCAAGUGCCCGCAAAUUGGAACCUCCCCAUCAAAGUGGUUGAAUCCCAAGAAGUGAUUGAUGCCGCGAAGGCACAGGGUAAACUUCAUCCAGUGGUCUAUGAAGUCGAGAAAGGCCUAUCGGAUAUCAAUUAUAGCGUGUUUUUGUACGGCUGGGUGACAGGGUUGACGACCAUCUCCAGCAAUCGCACAAUCGACAAGCAAAUCGAGACCACCGUUGAGAAUAACAGGAAAGAGAAUGAUGACCUGGAAGGUCCUGAUGUCUGGAUAUGUGACACAGCCCGAAGUUUGGUGGGCAAAGACAAAGAUCGAAAAUGA